AUGGAAAACCAAGAAAUUUUGAGAAGUAAGCCACUCUCCUAUGAAGCGUCGAAGGCAGUGCUGAAAUCAUUGAAACUGGAAACGAGAGAAUCCAUCAACAGACGGAUUCCGGCACUUCGCACUGUCAACUCCCGAUUACCAUAUGUUUUGGAAGAUGUAGUCAUAUGCGAUGACUUUUUUGAAAUCGACGGAAGACAAUGGAACAUGAGACCAGUCUGGGUACAAAUUUCUGAAAAUCCAAUAAGACAAGUUGUGGAUCCUGAAAAGUGUAAAUUGGAACUUCACCAGAAUUUACGUAAAGAGUACUAUUCUUUGAACAAAUCCCCUGAAGAGAUUUACGAGAAACUAUUUCAUGAGUACAUAAGAGAUGGAACAGUUGUCAGAGGUUCACUUUAUCUUAUUGGAAUUCCUGAAUUUAUGAAAGGAAUAAGAGAAAAUGAAAAGGAUUUGAAGAUGAAAGUAACGAAUUUGGAGGUGGAUAUUUAUGAAAGAGAUUAUCAUUUUUUUCGGUUUAUUGAUGUGGUUGUGUUGGAAAAUGUCUUGAUUAUUGCUUAUGAGAAUUCGCUGACCCUUCUUGACAAGCCAGAGAUCAAAACCUGCCAGAACCUCACCGUUGUUGCAGUUUUCUAUGUCUUACCAUCAGUUGACCAAUUUCUACGUCUCCGAAAUCAAAACCUCAAAUUAGAAAAUUUCGGCCUCACACUUCAUGAUCUACAACUGCUUGUGCAGGACUGGAUUACCACUGGCCGAGAUAUUGGGUCACGCUUCAGGUGGGAGCCGCCGCUUUCAUCCGAGGACGUUCUACCUAUUAUGGAGCAUCUGAAAACGCAUUUGGGUGCUGUUGAAGCGGGGUCUCAUCUUGACUAUUAUUUCUCCAACAAAACAAUUCAUGGCAAAGGUAUAACUCUCAAAAUGGGAGAGGAUUGUGAGCUGGUGAUGUUCUGUGGCAAGAGCAACAUCCCGUCGGCGUUUCACAUCCUACAUCCAUGGUUUUUUGAAAUGGAGGUUGUAUCGAGCACCCGUGCAGCUGUCACCGUGCCAACUUCCGGUGUUUAA